AUGCUUUCUUCUGUUAAUUUGAGAGGUGUGAAGUUUAAAUUUUCAGUUGGAGAAAGAGUAUUAUGUUACGAACCUGAUCCCACGAAGGCAAAAGUUUUAUAUGAAUCCAAGGUUUUAGAUUUGGUUCUUAGUCGAGAUCAGCGUGGGCGUAAAGUACCUGAAUAUCUUAUACAUUUUUUUGGAUGGAAUAGCAGUUGGGACCGUUGUGUAAAAGAAGAAUUCAUUUUACCUUACACAGAAGAAAACAGAGAACUGCAAACAAAACUUGCUGAAGAUGCAGCAUUGUCUAUGAAAGGAAAACGCAAAAGCAAGUUGCCUCCUUUAAUAAAAGAAACCUUAGCAAAGAAAAUAUGCUCUGAAAAUGAGAGUCAGGAUUCAAAGCCACAAGAAAGUUCCCACUCCACUUCAGAAUCGGAGUCAUCUGAUGAAGAAGCUGAGAGAGAAAUCGUCUUUCAUAUUCCUGAUGUUUUGAAAACCCAAAUAGAAGAAGAUCAGUAUUUGAUAAACAAGCAAGAUAAGUUUGUGAAACUACCAUGUGAAACAAAUGUCAUAAUGAUAUUAGAAACAUAUGUGAAACACCUGGCUGCCAAUCUUUUAUGUGCUUCACCUCCAAAAAAUGCGAAAAAUGGCAAGCAAUUAAUGCCUGAUGAUGUUAAAAAUAAGUUGAACUUAUGUAAAGAAGCAAUGGACGGCAUUAGAGUUUAUUUUGAUUUCACAUUAGCAGACCUUCUGUUAUAUCAUAAAGAAAAGAAGCAAUAUUAUACUGUUGGACACUCUUGUUUCCCUCUUAAAUGCAAUAUAAGAGAGAACAAUGCUAUCCCUCAUAUCAAAGCAGAAGUACAAGAGAAUUCAAAUCAUGUGGUAAAUAUGAAUUCACUUUCAAAUAGAGGGUCGAAUUUGAAUGUCACUAAAGCUGAAAUUGAGAUUUCUGUGCCGAGUCGACCCGGUAGAGGUAGACCAAGCUUGCGAAGUCAUCCAAUGAAGCAAAACCAGUCUCCAAAGCAUGAAAAUGCCUUGAAUGGUGUUGCUGAAGUUAAGAUGGAACUUGAAAAAAGUCAGCAGUGCAAGAAAUCAAGCAAGUUUCCCCAGGAAAAAAUAGUGAAAAAUAGUCCAACAACUUCUCCACAGCUGUCUAAUUCACAACCCACAUCAUCACAACCAUCUCGACCUCCACCAAGUGAAAGAACCAUGUCAUACACUCUUUCCAUAUCAUCUCAGCUAAAUAAUCAAGCACCUCCAUCGCUGUCUUUGGCUUCAAACUGUUUGAGUUCAUCUAAUUCAUCGACUCAUUCCACCAUGUCCAGUCCUUUGCUUGAAGGUCAACAAUAUCAUCUCAUAAACAAUGCCGGUUUGCUCCAAGAAGUUAUGUCAUGGCAUAUGCUUAGCUAUCAUUUGUAUGAACAGAUUCCAGCGGCUCCAUCGUUGAUUUAUGGGGCGCAACAUCUUUUAAGGCUUUUAGUUAAGCUUCCAGAACUUCUGUCAAAGAUGAGCAUUUCUCAAAAGAAGUCAGAGUUAAUAGUGAACAUUAUGGAAAACUUUCUCCAGUAUCUUGCAGAGAAAAAGGAUGACUUAUUUCUGAGCAGUGCAUAUGUAAGUGCAAGUGAAGCAUUUCCAGAAACAAAUGUCAAUGUUGUAAAAUAACUCAAUUAUGCUGAAGUAUCGGAAAGAAACUUCCAAUUUUCGAUAUUUGGUAAAUUUUACUACUAGAACAUUUCACUAUGUAAAGAACUGGUAAAAUCUGUGCCAUUUGUGUCAUUGGUCCUGUAAAAUAAAUUCCAGUGACAAUGUAUAAUAUUUGGGCAAGCACAGUAUUUUCUGUACAUUUUAAAAUUUGUAUAGUUUAUGCAAUAGCUUUACGUUUUAAAAUCCUCAUGGUAGAGUGCAUUUUUAGUAAUAGGUACAUCAUCUGGCUUGCACUGGAUUCUGAAUUAGA